AUGAACUCCUACCUGGACUACCCGCUCUGCAACCGCGGCCAGAACCUGUUCAAGGCCGGAUACUUGAACCACGGAUACGUGACGGCGAGUGACGGCUACGGCCAGGACGCGCGCUUGACGCACCAGAGCCCUCCGGUGCACCAGGCGCACGUCGACUUGGACCCGCAGUUCGCUGCGCCGCCCCCGGGGAACUCGGGGUACGGAUCCCCGCUGGAGUACGGACACCAGCAGUACGGCCUAACCCCCGAGCAGGACCGGGUAUACAACAUGGCGCCUUACGCCGGGGACAACGCGCAGUACCUGCACUACGGCGGCGGGGAGUACCCGGAGAGUGGGUACAUGCGCGGGGCGGCCCAGCACAAGGACCGGGACGUGGAUCAGGCCGAGGAAAGCUCCAAGACUUUCGACUGGAUGAAAGUGAAGAGGAACCCUCCCAAAACAGCGCUCCUGUCCGAGUUCGGCGUCCCGGGCCAGCACAACGUGAUCCGGACUAACUUCACCACCAAGCAGCUGACGGAGCUGGAGAAGGAGUUCCACUUCAAUAAGUACCUGACGCGGGCCCGGCGGGUGGAGGUGGCCGCCGGCCUGGAGCUCAACGAGACGCAGGUGAAGAUCUGGUUCCAGAACCGCAGGAUGAAGCAGAAGAAGCGGGAGAAGAUGCAGGGCGCCGAGAAGCGCCCGGAGGCCCCCUGCUGCGCCACCGCGCCCACGCCCAAGACCGCGGACUGAAAUACAACAUAAGACUGGGGGAGCCUUCCUCGAAUGAAGACCGAUUAAAUGCACAAGGACUUGCCGAA